AUGAAGUGGUACUGCUUCCUUUUCUGGUUCUUUUUCAGACUCACGUUAGCAUGCUUAGCUCAUUUCAACUGGGCUAUGGCCGUUUAUACAAAUUGUAUCUAUUUCCCUUUAUGGAAGAGUUAUGAUUUGCUGUGGUUCUGGAUGCAUCUCAUACUUUGCACUUGUUUCCCCCAGUUAAGACCUGAGAACUUCCUCAUAGUAUGGACCAAUAUGAUUUUCAAAAAGUUAACGAAGUAUCCGAAUAUGAGUUUUAAGCAAAUUUAUUUAACAUUGUAUGGAAGUUCUAAGUAUACAAAAGCCGAAAUGAGUCUUCAGCGAAUGGAAACCGUAGAAAGGAAAGAAAGAGAAAGUAGACGAUUAAGGAAAAUUACCGAGGGACACUCAUCCAGUGAAGAAGAGGACAAUAAUAGUGAUGUUCGAACGAAUGUUGAAUCAAAAAUACCCGAAAUCAACAUAGAGGAGAAUAACAGCGAAGACGAAUUAAUGGGGAACAACGAUGAAUCUGUGCCGGUUGCUCCUCCCAGGAAAAACCAACGCGUGGGCCAAUCUACUGUUAGUUAUAGUAAAGAUAACUCGUCCAAUGGACAAGACAAAGUAUCAAUUGAUGUUUCACCGGAAAACGAAUCUGAAGAAAGUGGAAACGAAUCUGAUUCUAGCACUAGUAAAUGGAUCAAAAGAGUUCCAGAUGUUAUUAGGAAUCGAUUCCGAAAAACGCCAAGUUCUCCCGAUGCGUCCAAGCUUUCAGCCGGAGAAAAUAUUGAUACCGUAAGCGUAUCAACGUGGACUAAGAUUAAAGGAAUUGUUCCCAAUCCGUUGAAGUUCAACAGAUCCUCGAGCAGCGACUCCGCACCGAAUGAAAUAUAUGUUUUGAGACCAGAUUUUACGAAUACUUUUGAUUGUUUGGAUCCAAUAAAAGCGGCACAGCGAGCUAAGCGGGACAGGAAAGAGUUGAUUAAGAAGGUACGCGCGAGAGUUAAAGCCGAACUCAAAGUCGCAGCCGAGAAGGAGAAGAGAAGAAAAAAAGUGACUGAUUCCAUCGAAUUGUUGUUGCAGUUGCUUAGAAUGAUUGCUUCUUUCAUGAUUCUGGUCGGAAAUAUACGCAAAACAUUUAUCCCUGCUCAAUUCCGUUAUUUGAAACCCGGCCAGCAUCCAUAUGAUAAUUAUGAACUAUUACUGAUCUUUAGAGUCACCACGUUCUUGGAUAUUUCCAUGUUCUGGACAAACAUCAUGUGGGUCUACUGUUUGCAAUGGCAUCUUUGCAUUAGGCUUGGAUUCUGCCGCUUCUGGGCUUGGUUAUCGCUGCUUGCUACCAUUGCCUUAUUAGUUAUGAUCAUCCCGAUGGCGUAUGCUAUGGACCAAAUGGAUUUAAGUUGGUGUGUCUUUGUGCCCGAAAGUCCUCUUCACAAAUAUCAGCCUACGUGGUGA